AAAUGCGACGCAUGCAGCCGCCUCGUUAUCUUGCUGUUCUACACCCGUCAUGUUGCAUGACACACCGGACGAAGAACUAGCGGCAAGACUGCAGCUGAUCAAGUCUAUAUGCCUGGAAAACAAGCAGUACGAGGUUCAGGCCUAUGUGGCUGCUCCGGAUGCUUCCUGCAAAGGAGUCAUCUCCGGCAUAGAAAAGAACACAACCCCGACAACGCUGAUGACAAAUAUCCGAUCACCGAUGGCUCAGGUCCUGCAUGCAAGAAUGAUGGGAAAUCCAGCCACGGCCAUCAUCACGUUCUCUGGCAUUCGGGUUCCCCGGUACAUCUACUAUUACGGAGCAGAAUACCGGUGCUACAUUCAUAAACCCCGACAGCAGCUGUGCAGCGUGUGCCUCUCCACGGGUCAUCGAGCAGAUAUUUGCCCAACCCCGGAUACACCCCGGUGUGCUGCCUGCGGAACCUCCAACCCCUCCGAAGGACAUGAUUGCACGCUGAAGUGUCUUCAUUGCGGUGGUGAGCACCCCGCCACUGACUCUCGAUGUCCUGUAAGGCAACGCAAAGCCUUUAACAAGAGCCACGUGUUCCGAGAGCAGCAGAAAAUGGCGGAGCAACAACUCCAGCAAGACAAGAAGUCCAGCAAGGUAACGACAUUCAACGGUGCGGCACCUGCGACUACUGAUGCAACACGUGGUCGUCCUCGCUACCGAUCCCGGGGACACAGCCAAUCCCAAAGUCGCAGCAGGUCCAGGGUCCGCAGGCCGUCCAAGGACCAGAAACAACCACGUGGUCGAAGCCGAUCUGGGAGCCGCAGCCUGACGCAGCAGAUACAGCCACCGAAACAACCUCAGGCCGCGUGGACGAAAACGCCCGACCAUCUCACCAGGAAGGCGACAGCGGUGAGUUGGUCAGCGCAGUUUCCCCCUCUUUCCUCCUCCCUUCCUUCACCUCCGUCCGCACAGCAAACAAACAAACAAAACAAACUGUCUCCCACAGCGACGCUUUCACUCACCCAGACACACACACUCGCACCUGAGAAACCCCCUCACAAUUCCUGCACCAAACUAGAAGUGUGCGAAAUGAUAGAGGAAAUGGCGACUGUUUUAAGAGCGGAGAUGCAAAAAAUGAAGGAAGAGAUCAUGGCUGAUGUCAAGCACAUGCUUCAACAGGUCAUACAACAAGCCAUGACUGACAUGAAAGAAUUCAUCAGUGCAACUUUUAGCUCAACUUUCAGCCAUCAAAACGACUCACUUCCACAUGACACUAACGCCACUAGAGAACCAAGACGGUCACACCCUUAUACCCCUCCGGCUCGUACAACAACACCUGCCCUCACCAGCGAGGCGGUAUCAACCAAUCAUGGCCAGCAAACCUAAGAGGCGCACUACCACCACCUUCCGGGUGUGGCAAUGGAAUUGUAGAGGGUACCGAAGGAAGAAGGGUUCCCUCACACAGUUCCUAGCCACACGUCCUCACCCACCAGAUGUUAUAGCACUUCAAGAAGUACAUUGCACUCCCACACUCAUUGGAUACAAUGCAUACACCGACAAGCAUGACACCACCAAACAACCACUAGCUGCCACCCUUGUGUCCAAACAAAUCACAGUGAUCGAGCACACGCUCGACAGCUCCCACAUUCCGCAUGUGCUCUUAGAAAUUGUACCUAGGAACCGAUAUGAAACCAGCUUGUUUCUGCUUAAUAUCUACAGUGCACCCAAAUCGCGACGAGACGACUUCGGACAGCUUUUUUCGGCCGCCAGUAAACAAGCGAAAAAAUUGAUUAUUCUGGGAGAUUUCAAUGCGUCCCAUCCAGCCUGGGUGUACCAAACAGAAACUCCUAAAGGCCGCCGUCUAGCCCACGCCAUGAACCUUCAUCAGUUCACUCUGCUGACAGAACCUGACAAACCAACUAGAACGGGUAACAGUGUAAGCAGGGAUACCUGCCCUGACCUAACAAUGGUCAAGGGGUUGACUAAAUGCUCCUGGAACAACCUAAUGGAGAAUCUGGGCAGUGACCACAGCAUUCUAGCCACAGACGUCCAACUGGCGGCCAUACGCACCCCAGAACGUUCAAUUAAAAUAACGAACUGGGACACUUUCCGGCACAACAGAACCAAAUCUGAACAACACGACCCGCCAUCUCUACGCGAGUGGACACAACAGGUACAAGCAGAUUUUAAAGCAGCCACUAAGCAAAUUACUGCAACAACGGAGACACCGGAUGUGGACAGACAUCUGCUCCAUCUCUGGGAUGCUCGAAGAGGCCUGACGAAACGAUGGAAGAGGCAGAGGCACAACCGUAGGCUGAAACAAAGAAUCGCCCGGAUCACAGUAGAAGCUCAAGAAUACGCCACCAGCCUCACUAAUAGCAAUUGGCACAACCUCUGCGACCGCCUUAAUGGCACACUAAGUAGUUCAAAAACGUGGUCUCUCCUCAGAGCACUACUCGACCCAACGCACACAAAAACGCACACAACGAACACAGUCCGCACUAUCAUCCACAAAGAACAAAUGAAUGAUGACGCGCUCCUCCAAACACUGCAACAAAGGUACAUUGCUACAGGCCACCGACCGGAGUACAAAGAGUAUCCACACGAGGAAGAAACACAAUUGGACGGCGACAUUACAGAGACAGAAGUGAGGGCAGCCCUACACGGCAUAAGAUGAAACACGGCGCCCGGAGCAGACGGCAUUCACUAUGCACUGCUACGCAACCUCGACGACCAGUCCAUACGGCAACUCACUGCAUACUACAACGACAAUUGGCAAAACGGAACGCUUCCACAGGAAUGGCGACACGCCGAUAUCACCUUAAUUCCGAAACCCGGGAAACCACUGUCCCUCCAAAAUCUC